AUGUCUGGCCGCUCUCGUGAGUCGCGACGUUCCGCGUUACCACAGCAAGAACGACCAAACGCUGAGGCUUCAUCGCCCACACCUGCGCCAUUCACUGCAUCUUCACUUCUCACCAACGCCAAUCCGAUACCUCGAUUGAGGAGGUUGGGCACCCGUCUCUCAGCAAGACGUACUUCACCACGGCUUCAAGCGUCCAGUAGCAGGAAUCCGAACGACGACUUCAACCCUGAAGCACCCGAGUUCAUUCCAGGCCCAGGCCCAAGAAUGUCUUCUAAGAGAAAGGCAUCCUCGGUGGGCAGGUCGGGAAGGUCGGCCUUGUCCACUCCACGCAAGAAUGCGAGCAACAAUCAGUCUCAAAACCAGCCCAUCAUUCGCUCUCAUGAGAUCUUCGGCCGUGCUGUUGCCACCAGGAAUGUGAGCAAUGCUUUUGAUGGUUUGGCUGACGACGACGAAAAUGAUACCGACGCUGAAAUUGCUGAACUUGCUGAGCUUGAUGCCAUGGGCUUCGCGGAUGAUACUGUAAGUCGCGGUCAUGAGUCGGUGACAGACGCACUCACGCUCAUGCGUAACCGCCUGUCCAAAUCUCAACGUCUCCCGGAUCUGCUCCAAAGCGACUCUGCUAUCUUGUUCACCUUUGAAGAUGGAAGUGCCGCGGAUGAUGCCGAUGGUUCCGCGCGGUUGCGAUACCUGCCACUCUGUGCUGCAACCACGCCCGGUUGGGCAUCGUCGGUCGGUAGGGACACACCACUCACCAUUCUCCCGCGCCACCGCGGACGUAUUGACCAAUUGGAGCCCACACCUCCAUCCACCAACAUCACCUGGCCACCCAAUGAGGUGCCCAUAGAGUUGUUCGACCUCAUCGCCACGUAUCUAUCUCGGGACGCUGUCAAAUCGAUGAGACUGGUCAGCAGAGAGUUUGAGGAGAAAGUCUCCUGUGCCGUGUUCCACACCUCCGUUGUUCCAUUUAACACUGAACUCUACGACAUGAUUGACGAGGAUGCAAGAGCCGCCAGCCGUGCCUCCAAACGGACAAAAGGCAAAGGCAAGGCAGGACCUUGGGAUACCCCCGCACAGAGCGCUGAUUCUUCCCAUGGAUCACUGCAUUGGACAAAUGCCAAAUUCGACGCCGAAGGCAAAGUGUAUAAGGGCCACGGUCUUCGCGUCUUUCAGGGUUUUGGGCCUCACAUCAGGAGAUUCGGUAUGAGCUUCGAUGUGCUGGAGGGUCAGCUGUCUCGGCCGCCGAUCAAGCGCGAACUUGAUCACGUCGACUCAUACCACGGUGCCUACGAUUGGCCGCCGAUAUGCUACACUCGAUUUGCCAAUCUUGCAGGCCUGGAGAAGACUGCCGAUGAAACAUUGCGUWUGAAAUCUGCCUUCUCGCAUCUCACAAAUGUCCACGAUCUUGCUCUCUCAGUGGACAGCGGUCUUGGCUGGCUCAAUGGUCCAGACAAAUCUAUCCAUGCGCGAGUGUUUCAGCGUCAGCCUCCCAUCUUUGGUAACUCUCGACGCGUUCCCGACCACCAAACUCAGGAUGCAAAGGAGUUUUGGGCCACAAUUCAGGCAUGCRACCAGAGUUUAAGCGAUACCAUCAAUCCAAAGGAGGUCUCGUUGGUCCGGCGACCUAUUUCAAGGCAUCCUACCGAGCUCUCUGGGCUACGGGGCACACAGUAUGGYAACAGCAGACUGUGGUCUUCAAUUGCUGCGAACAGAGCGGCCCCGACCGUCUCGACUAACUUGUCUGAGGACCUCCAAUAUGGCAUCAUGUUCACCACUUUCGCCACGCCUGAUUCUACUGCCCAACCCAUAUACGACAAAUUGGCGCUUGUGCCGUCUGAAUUGAGGAAGGAGCAGAAGGAGUGGCUUUUGGAGACGGAAUGGGCUCAGCGGGCGUUCCUUGAGUGCUACAUGCUUGCAGUGAUGGACAACCCGGACAAGUUUGCAAUGGUCAGAACGCUUGCAAUUGUCAAAAUCUCAAGCGGUUUCCUCCCGGUUCUUGCCAGAGAAUCAUUUUGGGAUGCACUGCCAAAUCUGAAAGACGUCACGGUUCUGGUCAAGCCGGACUGGCGGUCAGUGGAGAAGGACAACGCCGGCUUCGCUGAGACUUGUCCGCAGAAUCCUUCAGAAGCGGUGCGCACGUUUCAUCGCUGUAUCCUGAGGGACCGUCUCUGUCUUCGAGAGGGGAUCAAAAAGCUCAACAUUGGUUGGAGCGCCGGAGGUGAGCAUGCAGAUGGCAUCUUCGCCCGUAACAAUCACAUCAUGCCGGCUCCCAUCUCCCAACUUGAGCAUACCACUGCUGCGAAUGGGAAUUUUGGACUGGUAUUCAAAUAUGUCGAGCAUCUCACAUUUACCAAUUGUUGGAUGACGCCGCCGAUGCUGGAGGAUUUCGUCAAAAGCCACGCGGAAAAGAGCUUGAAGGUACUUACCCUGGACUCUGUUUCAUUGACSGCUCAUCCACGCUUCCCAGCCGGUGGUCAAGGAGGUGUAAACCAGCAAAUAGCACAGGCCCUUGCUGGAAUUGCUGGAUUCCAAGGUGGUGGAGCUCCUAAUGCCGUGCACGCCCACCAGCCGAAUGUGCACAACAUGCCCCCUCAGCACCACCCGCCAGCUUUACCUCCACCACAAUGGCUGAUGCCUAAUAUGGCUCCUCCUCAGGCCGUCAACCAACAGCAACAUCAUCACCAGCAUGCCCUCCACAACUUCCUUCAGCAGCAAGCCAACAACGUCUUUGCUCCCGCGAAUAAUGCCAACGCCCAUGGCUUUGGCCUUUGGCAUGCCGCGGCCAACGGUCUGGGACCUGGCUUACCAGGUCCGGUGCUUCCACCUCUCGCUGUGCCUGCUCCAAAUGUUCCGACCAUCCCCACGGCCCAGCUUGCUAACACACACUGGAGCGAGGACCAUCGUGAAGGAUCGUGGCCCGAAGUGCUCGACAAGAUCUCUCCAGGCCCGACAUUCGCCGAUUAUCAACCUCAGCCCGCACCUUGGGAGGAACAGCAAUCGCCACGUGCGCCUACGGCUCUCCGAACACUCGAGCUGAAGUCAUGCGGCUAUGCCAAACUCUCUCACAGCACUGCGUUCGAUCAAUUCGCUGUCGAAGCCGGGCACGAUCACCACCUUUCCCUAUGGUUCCGCAGUCGCCAAGCAGCUUUAUCUCCCGCAAUGUUGACGACCACAGACCGCUACCUCGGUCGUAUCAUUCAACAUAUGCCGCCGCGUGAGCAGGACGCGUUGCUCUUUGCUUGGGGCCUCACGAUGGGAUGGAACGAUCACUCCAAGGCUACCGAGGCGGAGUAUGAUGGCUUGCUCCCAGGCGGCACGGGAAGAUUCUCAGGCAAGAUUGAGAAGGGCAUGCCGCCAAUCGGUCAACAACAGGUGUGA